AUGGCGAGCUCACCGUCGCCUGCGGCGGUCCUGGCGGUGCUGGCCAUCUGGCUGGCGCUCCUCUGCGCCGCCGGCAUCGUCCCAGCGGCCGCGCAGAGCUGCGGCUGCCAGCCGGGCCUGUGCUGCAGCAAGUACGGCUACUGCGGCACCACCAGCGCCUACUGUGGCGAAGGGUGCCAGUCGGGCCCGUGCACGGGGGGCGGCGGCGGCGGCGGCCCCGGCCCCGGCCCCGGCGCGUCCGUGGCGAGCGUCGUCACCGCCGCGUUCUUCAGCGGCAUCAAGUCCCAGGCCGGGCCCGGGUGCGAGGGCGCAGCCUUCUACACGCGGGCCGCGUUCCUGAGCGCCGCGAGCUCGUACCCCAACUUCGCGCGCGGCGGCUCCGCGGCCGACGGCAGGCGCGAGAUCGCCGCCUUCUUCGCGCACGUCGCGCACGAGACCGGGCAUCUCUGCGACGUCAACGAGGUCGGCGGCGCGAGCAUGGACUACUGCGACGCGAGAGACGCGGCGUGGCCGUGCGCCGCGGGGCAGGGCUACUACGGCCGCGGCCCGCUGCAGCUGUCGUGGAACUUCAACUACGGGCCGGCGGGGAAGAACAUCGGCUUCGACGGGCUGGCGGACCCCGGCAUGGUGGCGCGGGACCCCGUGGUGUCGUUCAAGUCGGCGCUCUGGUUCUGGAUGGACAACGUGCACCAGCUGAUGCCUCAGGGGUUCGGCGCCACCAUCCGGGCCAUCAACGGCGCGAUCGAGUGCAACGGGAGGAACGCCGCCGAGAUGAACCAGCGUGUGGACUACUACAGGCAGUACUGCCAGCAGCUCGGCGUCGACCCGGGGAGCAACCUCACCUGCUAGGCCGCUAAGGUGCCGGCCGGCCGGCCGGCGAGGUGUUCGUCUACGCGGCUCGUGAAGAAUAAACAUGCUCUUCGUAAUGUGUGUGAGUGUGUCUCGUCGUAAGGAAUAUUACUACUUUCGUAUUUGCAAAACCACU